CUCCUCCUCCUAUCCACAAUAUUCAGUAGUCUUGGGAGAGUUUUUUCAAUAAAAGCGAUGGCGACCAGAGCUUUGCUUGCCGUUCUCUCUGCUUCACCACCGCGCAUGAUCCAAACCAAAGUCUCAACCUUUUCUUCGUCUUCAAGUCUCAGCUUCCAAAGACAUAGUAGAAGAAUAGCUCGAUGCUUCUCGUCUGACACAAACCCCUCUGUUCUUCAGCCGCCGGACGUAUCCCGUCUAGCUGAGACAGCUCGAAUCUCCCUCACUCCUUCCGAGAUUGAGGAAUGUGGUGCUAAGAUUCGUCAAGUCAUCCACUGGUUUGGUCAACUUCAACAAGUUGAUGUUAGCUGUGUGGAGCCAGCUAUUAGAGCAGAAAUGGAAGGUGGAAAUUUGCGAGAGGAUGCUCCUGAAACAUUUGAGAACAGGGAUAGUAUAAGAGCUUCGAUUCCAAGCUUUGAUGAGGUGUAUUUAAAAGUACCUAAAGUACUAAACAAAGAGUGACUUUUUGUCAGCUUCUUCGGGUUGUGUGGUGGCAGAAGAGAUUCAAUCUCAGCUCAGGUUCCACCAUCUCUUUAUUUUUAUUUUUUGAUUUGGUUAGGAGAGACCAAAGCUGCCUCUUAACUAUCAAGUCUCACGAAGGCUAUUACUCUACAACAUGGUGUUACUUUAUGAACUCGAUCCAUCCAUUUCCAUC